AUGGGACAGCUCAUGGUGACGCUCGUCCAGGCGCUGGCGGCCGAGGACUUUGCCGUCGUGGGUCGCCAGGCUGCCGGUCUCUACCUCAAGAACGUGCUGGACGCCAAGGACGACGCGCUGCAGCAGCAGAAAAUCAACGCGUGGAUGGCCAUUGACCCGGCUCUGCGCACGCUGAUCAAAGAUGGAUCGCUUGGUGUGUUGCAGUCGAGCGACCCCGUGGCACGCCACACGAGCGCGCAGCUAGUGGCCAAGAUUGGUAGCAUCGAGCUGCCUGCCAAGCAAUGGCCGGCGCUGCUCGAGUCGCUACUGCAGAACGUGACGAACAGCAGCGAGGGCUGCAUCCACGCCACGCUCGAGUGUCUCGGCUACUUGUGCGACGAGCUGGAAGAAAAUACCAUCGACGAGCAGGAUACUAACCGAAUCCUUACGGCUAUUGUGGAUGGCAUUCGUGCCGAUCGACCGCCGGCUAUUCGCCUUGCAGCGGUCACGGCCUUGCGGAACAGUCUGGAGUUCGUGAGUGAGAACUUCAAGCGGAAGCAAGAGCGCGAUCACCUGAUGCAGAAAAUCUGCGAAGCCACGCAGUCUUCGGAUUUGCGCACCCGUGUGGUAGCCUACGAGUGCAUUGCUGCCAUUGUGACAAUGUACUACGAAUACCUGGCAGAGUACAUGGAGACUCUGUGCAAGCUGACGUUCAACGCUAUUACGAGCGACCAGGACGAAGUGGGCCUGCAGUCGCUUGAAUUUUGGUCAUCUAUGUGCGAUGUGGAACUCGACUUGAUUGAGGAAAUGAACUAUGCAGAGCUUGAGGGCCGCACCGAUUUUAUUCCCUGCAACUAUUAUGUGCAGACAGUGCUAAACACGCUCAUCCCUCUGCUGACCGAAACGUUGAAGAAGCAGGAGGAUGAUCAGGAUGAAGACUCGUGGAAUCUCUCAAUGGCUGCCGCGACGUGCCUUGCACUGGUGGCCCAGGUGGUUGGUGACGCUUGUGUGGACCUUACCAUGACGUUUAUUACGCAGAAUAUCGAGAGUAACGAAUGGCGGCCGAAGGAGGCCGCUAUCAUGGCUUUUGGCUCGAUUUUGGACGGCCCCGAAUCGGCCAAAAUUGCUCCGCUUGUGCGUCAGGCGCUCGGCUUCCUGAUGAGCUGCAUAAAACUGACUUGCAGUCGAACUAAGCACGUGUUGACUCGGACUUUUGAUUCCAUUCUGCUCGUGUUUGCCUUCAGCAAACACUGCUGCGUUGAGUCAAUGGGGUCAAAUUGCGUGUGA